AUGUGCAUCGUCUGCGGCAAGGUGAAGCACCCCAUUGGAACUUGUAAUGUAUUCAAGGAAAUUAGUGCGUCGGAUCGUAAGGCAAUUGACUUGAAACAUCAAGCAGCUGCAUGUGGCAGCUCGCGAAAUUGUGUAAAGCAUAAGAUAUUUGCGUAUGUCCUACCCAAGGUGAGUCAAAGAAUGCUUGACAGGAGAAUAUCUACCACGAAGUGGCCACAUCUAAAGGAUUUCCGUUUAGCCGAUCCUAAUUAUUUUAUUCCACAAGGUGUCGAAAUUUUGCUCGGGAGCGAUAUUUAUGAUGAGCUGAUGUUAGGUGAAGCAUACCGAGGACCAACAGGUUCACCUCUUGCACAAAAUACGCAUUUGGGCUAUAUCGUGACUGGAAACAUCAACGAACGUGCGUCGUUGGUGUCAUCGCAUACGGUGAAGGUACACACUCAUGAUACAAAUGAGGAGCUGGACAAUGUUUUACGCAAGUUUUGGGAACUAGAGCAAUUUGACAAUGAGUCUCCAGGUCUCUCACCGGAGGAGAGGUGGUGCGAGGACUUCUUUGUCAAUACUCAUCGUCGCUUAUCUUCGGGAAAAUAUCUUGUACGUCUACCCUUUUCGUCCCAUCUGGACCAAACUAUGGUGAUUGGUUCGUCAUAUCGAAGCGUACUGAAGCGGUUAGAUUAUCUAGACAGGCGUCUGCGAGCAGACCCCAAGUUAAAAGAAGCAUAUUGUCACACUAUUAAUGAGUAUCUGGAGCUGGGCCAAAUGGAGGGGGUUACACCUAAGGUUUAUAACAUCAUGCAAUCAUCAUCUGAAGGAGGAGUUCAACAUUGUUAUCUACCGCAUCACCCAGUUAUAAAGGAAACAUCAUCAACUACGAAGGUCCGAGUUGUGUUCUACGGCUCGAGCAAGGCAAGCAAUAGGAAGUCAUUGAAUGGCAUUUUAGCAAUUGGGCCAAAAUUACACUUGCAGCUACCUGGAGUUAUUCUCAAUUGGCGUGGUCUAAGAUUCGUGUUUAUGGCAGAUGUAGAGAAAAUGUACAGGUGCAUCAAUAUUCCAAGGGACGAUGCCCAGUAUCAGCGCAUAUUAUGGAAACCCAGUAAGAACGAUUACAUCGAGGAGUAUGCAUGCUUAACAGUUGUGUUCAGCACCAUAUUUAGCUCUGCGAGUCAUGUAACAGUUAGCUGCAGACGAAAAGGAGACAUUUCCAUUAGCAGUGGAUGUGGUGAAACCUCAGAUGUAUGUUAA